CAUCUGAUUGGAAGACACGAACUGUCGUCGACGGAAGUUUUUUCCUCUGCGAGAGCGGGAAGGCGCUGCCGACUAUACCAUUUUACACAUGUCAACAAGAAGGCUACUCAACACUGAGCCAGUUAUCAGAAGCAAUAUCCUUGUUAAGCUUUGGUGCGAAGAAACUCCUAUUGUUGGAUAUUAAGGUCAGAGUUUGUCUGAACAGCGGUUGAUAUAUAAAGAGGAGCCAUGCAGGCUUUUUUGAAAGGAGCGACUACCAGACCUCCGAAAGACAAGGCAGCAGCAGCAGCAGGGCCCAGCACAGAGAAGAAAGCCAAGGCUAUUCCUUGGGUAGAAAAAUACAGGCCAAAGUGUAUUGAUGAGGUGGCCUUUCAGGAGGAGGUGGUAGCAGUGCUGAAGAAGUCCCUGGAAGGGGCAGAUCUUCCCAACUUGCUCUUCUAUGGCCCUCCUGGAACAGGAAAGACCUCCACCAUCUUAGCUGCUGCCAGAGAACUUUAUGGUCCUCACCUGUACAGACAGAGGGUGCUGGAGCUCAAUGCCUCGGAUGAACGAGGCAUCCAGGUUGUCAGAGAGAAGGUCAAGAACUUCGCUCAGCUCACCGUGGCCGGGACUCGCCCAGAUGGGAAGAUGUGUCCUCCUUUUAAGAUCAUCAUCCUGGAUGAGGCGGACUCCAUGACGGCACCGGCUCAGGCUGCUCUCAGGCGGACCAUGGAGAAGGAGUCCCGUACCACCCGCUUCUGCCUCAUCUGUAACUACAUCAGCAGGAUUAUUGAGCCUCUGACCUCCAGAUGUUCCAAGUUUCGUUUCAAACCUCUAGCCAAUCGGAUCCAAGAAGAGCGCCUGCUGGAGAUCUGUGAGAAGGAGGACCUCAAGUACACCAAAGAGAGUAUAGCAGCAUUAGUGAAGGUGUCUGAGGGAGACCUGCGGAAAGCCAUAACCUUCCUCCAGAGUGCUGCGCGGCUCAACGUCGACAAGGAGAUCACAGAGCAUGCUGUCAUUGAAAUAGCCGGGGUCAUUCCUCCCAAGAUGAUUGACAACUUGCUCCAGAUUUGCCUUUCAGGAACCUUUGAGAAACUAGAGGUUGCCGUCAGGAACAUGGUGGAUGAAGGCUACGCAGCCACACAGAUCCUGAGUCAGCUCCAUGAGUCUAUCAUAGAGCAGGACCUGAGUGACAAGCAGAAGUCAGCGAUAACAGAGAAGAUGGCGGUUGUGGCUAAGUGCCUGUCAGACGGUGCAGAUGAGUACCUGCAGAUGUUGAGUCUAUGUUCAGUCAUCAUGCAGCAGGCCUCCCAGAACAACUAAACCUCCACAUAGCCGAGACCAGCAGGACCAACAUGAGACAUCAGCACUUUGCUGUUUGGGACGUCCCCCAGCAGAUCCCAUGUGAUGGUGGUGGUGUGUCCUGUCAGAGACCACAGCUGUCGAGGUGUUUCUCUCUGUAUUUAGUCAUUCUCCCUCCACUCACUUCAAUAAGACACAAUCAUGUGUUUAUUCAUCCAUCAGAUGUUUCUUUAUUCAUUUUCAGAAAUGUAACUACUUGCAAACAUAACUUUGUACACUUUUUUGCAUUUUGGAUAAUAAAGUUAUUUUUAUAUUUUCA